CAUUAUACAGUAACACUUAUAUGAAGCGACUCUAAGGACAUAAUAUAGACUGUUAAGAGUUCGGAGUUGCCGACGCAGACACAUCCUAUACUUGUGACACUGCUAGGAACGGUAGUUCUUACGACAUGUUGUUAUCAAAGGAGAAGCUUGCAAGCGCACGGCGCCUGUCGCAAGGGUGUCCGUUUGCACGCUCUAUCAAUGGGCGACCAAUUUCGCGAUGGACGACUGGGACGGCCUCACCACAGGCGAAGCGGGCCGCAAACGUUCGGGCACGUGUCGCUGGGAUUACACCAAACCUGACCGGUGGCGACGUUUACGUCGUGGAGCCCAAGCCCCUUGAGGAGGGUGUGGAGAAGCACAUCAUUUCUAUUUUUGUCGCUGAUGAGCCCGGUCUUAUUAACCGCGUCGCUGGAGUGUUCGCCCGGCGAGGUGCCAACAUCGAGUCUCUGGCUGUGGGGCUCACGGUCGAUAAGGCCCUCUUCACGGUGGUGGUUGCGGGCAAGGCAGCUACCGUGGCCAACCUGAUCAAGCAGCUGUCCAAGCUGGUCAAGGUGCGGUACGUGGAGGACAUCACCACCACCGACCGGAUAGAGCGCGAGCUGCUGCUGCUGAAGCUGCGUGUGGCCCCCGGCCCCGCUCGUGCUGAGGUGCUGCAGCUGGCGCAGAUCUUCCGCGCGCGCAUCGUUGAUGUGGGCGACAACACGCUGUCGCUGUCGGUCACCGGAGACCCGGGCAAGCUGACCGCCAUGCUCAAGGUUAUGGCCAAGUUCGGGGUGGUGGAGAUGGCGCGCACUGGCCGCAUCUGCCUGCGCCGCGGGGAGGCGCUGCUGGAGCGCACCGCCAGCAUGCCGGAGGAGCCGCUGGGCAGCGGCGCGGGAGGGGCUGCCAGCGGGGCGCGCGCCCCCGCACCCACCGGCGAGCGCACCGCUGACGUGUACAUGGUGGAUGAGGACGCACCGGGCGUGUGGGACGUGGACAACGUGCUGGAGCCCACCUACGCCCAGGGGCAGGUGUCGCCCGACUUCAAGCCCUACACCCUCAACAUCGAGGUGCAGGACGUGCCCGGAGUGCUCAACCAGGUCACCAUGGUGUUCGCCCGCCGCGGCUACAACGUGCAGAGCCUGGUGGUGGGCCCCUCGGAGCGCGAGGGCAUGUCGCGCAUCGUGAUGGUGGUCCCCGGCGGCGCCAAGGCCCCCGACGGCACCUCCGGCAUCUCGCCGCUGCUGAAGCAGCUGUCUAAGCUGGUCUUCGUACAAACCAUCACCGACCUAACCGACGUGCCCUUCGUCAACCGUGAGCUCAUGAUGGUCAAGGUCCGCUGCUCCGCCUCCCAGCGCGGCGAGCUGCGCGACCUGGCCACCAUCUUCCGCGGCUCCAUCGUGGACGUCUCCGCGCAGUCCGUCACCAUCGAGAUGCUGGGCAAGGAGGACAAGAUGAAGGCCUUCACGGACCUGCUGGAGCCGUACGGCAUCAUGGAGAUUGCUCGUACGGGCCGCGUGGCCAUGGCGCGCGACUCGGGCGUGAACAGCGACUUCCUGGAGAAGAUGAGCAUGGGCCGCGUGAUCUGAGGAGGAGGAGGAGGAGGAGGAGAGGGGGGGGGCUGAAGGGGGAUUAGAUAAACUGAGCCGCGGAAAGGGGGAAGGGGGGGAUGGAAGGAAGCUGCGGGAAGGUAUGGUGUGGGUUAUGUAAUGCAAGGGGGGUGCGGGCUUUACAGUUGUAGGAUACAGAGGGAUGAUGGGAGCUGUGGGAAGACGGCAAGGAUUGCGUAUGAUGGGUGGCAAGGAGGGUAAGAUGCGGAGCUCGUGCUGUAAUACCGGUAAGAUGUUACUCGAAGUGGUCGCGUGCAAUGGGGCUGUUGUAAUGAGGGUGGAGGAGUCCACGAACGGUGCAGGGGGAAUUGGGCAGCAGCGGACGGAGAAGAUAAGAACCAACAAGGAUGUGGAAGGCAGUAGAGACAGCAGCAUGACCGGGUCUGCAGCAGUUGCAACGGCUGGAGCUUCCAUGGCUGUGUACGGGCUUGUGCGCGGUCGCUGUGGUGCUGCGGCAUAGGGCCCCUGAGCUGCUGACGGAUGUACGGAUGCCUUGCUUACUGGCGGCGGUGAACAUGCACCAUCGCUGAAGUUGUAAAUGAGGUUGCACA